GUCGGACGCCAUAUUGCUCUCCGUUAAGGCAGGGGGAGCAGGAGGUUGUUGUUGCUAAACAAACACUUUAUACGGAUAAGUUGGAUCUUCAAUGGUAUUUCUUCAGACACAAUGGCCAGUCCGGGGAAAGACAACUACAGGAUGAAGAGCUACAAGAACAAAGCGCUGAAUCCCCAGGAGAUGCGGCGCCGGAGAGAAGAAGAAGGCAUCCAGCUACGCAAACAGAAACGAGAGGAGCAGCUGUUCAAGAGGAGGAAUGUCUGUGUGCCCUCAAAUGAGGAGUCAAUGCUGGAAUGUCCCAUCCAGGAUCCAGACAUCAGCUCCACCGUCCCUGUUGCAGGUGAAGGGGUUAUAACUCCAGACAUGAUUCAGAUGAUCUUCUCAGAUGACCCAGACCAGCAGCUGAUUGCCACACAGAAAUUUAGGAAAUUACUCUCCAAAGAGCCCAACCCCCCUAUAGAUGAAGUCAUUUCAACUGCUGGGGUUGUGAACCGCUUUGUGGAGUUCCUCAAGAGAAGUGAAAACUGCACACUUCAGUUUGAGGCAGCCUGGGCCCUGACUAACAUUGCUUCAGGUACUUUCCUGCACACCAAGGUGGUCAUUGAAACAGGAGCUGUGCCCAUUUUCAUCGAGCUGCUCAACUCUGACUACGAGGACGUCCAGGAGCAGGCGGUGUGGGCGUUGGGGAACAUAGCUGGAGACAACGCUGAGUGCCGAGACUACGUGCUCAACUGUGGUAUCCUGCCAUCUCUACAACAGCUGCUCGCCAAAUCCAAUCGCCUCACAACAACCCGGAAUGCAGUGUGGGCUCUUUCCAACCUGUGCCGGGGAAAGAACCCGCCUCCAGAUUUUGCUAAGGUAUCUCCUUGUCUGAGCGUGCUGUCCAGGCUUCUCUUCAGCAGCGAUCCAGACGUUUUGGCUGAUGCGUGCUGGGCUCUGUCCUAUCUUUCUGAUGGUCCCAAUGACAAGAUCCAGACAGUCAUAGUCUCUGGGGUGUGCCGCAGGCUGGUGGAGCUUCUCAUGCACAGUGACUAUAAGGUGGUUUCUCCUGCUCUACGUGCUGUGGGCAAUAUUGUGACAGGCGAUGAUAUUCAGACACAGGUGAUUCUGAACUGUUCAGCACUACCCUGCCUACUACAUCUCCUCAGCAGUCCUAAGGAGUCCAUCAAAAAGGAGGCAUGUUGGACUGUCUCCAACAUCACGGCAGGAAACAGAGCUCAGAUUCAGACUGUGAUUGAUGCCAACAUCUUCCCAGUGCUUAUUGAGAUCCUACAGAAGGCAGAGUUUCGCACCAGGAAAGAGGCAGCGUGGGCCAUUACCAACGCUACCUCUGGAGGCACUCCUGCACAGAUAAGGUACCUGGUGUCUCUGAACGCCAUCAAGCCCAUGUGUGACCUGCUGACGGUGAUGGACUGUAAGAUUGUCCAGGUGUCUCUGAACGGCCUGGAGAACAUCCUCAGACUGGGAGAGCAGGAGGCCAAGCAGAACGGAACGGGCAUCAACCCGUACUGCGCUCUCAUUGAAGAGGCUUAUGGCCUCGACAAGAUCGAGUUCCUGCAGAGCCAUGAGAACCAGGAAAUCUACCAGAAGGCCUUUGACCUGAUCGAACACUACUUUGGCGUGGAGGAGGAGGACGCCAGCCUGGCGCCGCAGGUGGACCAGAACCAAGGCCAGUUCAUCUUCCAGCAGCAGGAGGGGCCCAUGGAAGGGUUCCAGCUCUAACCCCCGCCUCUGCACACUCUUCUUCCCCAUUGUGGAGCUUGUAAACCCUCCCCACAGGGAGAGUGGCCUCUACCAGGACUGACUAAAACAGCUGUCCUGCAACCUCUCCUCAGUCGUCAUCUCGUCUCUGCUGGGACAGCCACACCAGCUCCUCCCCAGAUCUUCACUUCUACUAAGCCUUGUUGCAACAGCACCCUCUCUGGAGAGAGAGAGAGAGAGAGAGAAAGAGAGAGAGCGAUUUGUGGAUAGAGAUGUAAAGAUAGAGCGCGUUAGGUUGGCUCGUUGCCCACUGCGGGGGCCUCUGGAGCGCGUGGCGUCGCUGGAUUCUGUCCCCUAGAGAUUCAGUUGUUGAUGCCGUGGCGGGCCUGCUCAUGUUGACAGAUGAAAGAGGUUUUUUUUUUUUGUUUGUUUCCUUUCCUCCUCCAGUGUUCCUUUUACUCCCUGUGAUAUUGUUGCUAUCAUUCGAAAUGACUAUAUUAAUAUUUGUACUACAGUUUGAAACUGGUGUCUCGAAAUCACCCUCUAUAUCCCUCUCUGAAUGUGAAACUACCUCUUCAGUCUUGAGAAAGAAAGAAAGAAAACCCACCCUCUAUGAACACACGCAGCAUCAGACACUUAAUUGCUCAAAUUGAAUCCUGAAUAAAACCCCUGUUUAUCCUGUAAGCUCUGUAAGCAGAGCGCAGAGCCCUGUAGGCUGUUAGUGGAUGUAAAUACAGUACUACUUCACAUCUGUAGUUUGAAUCGACUGCACAUUCCCUCCUGCGGGUUGUUUCUUUCCUCUUGCACCCGGAGAUUUGCUCUCUUAUUUAUUCGCUCGUCUUUCAAGAGAGAGACGGCGGAGUUAAACUUUCCAAACAUUGACACCUCUCCGCUUGACGCUCCGACCGCAGUUGAGGUGAACUGCCCUCCGGAGUGCAUCAUGGAACUGGCUUGGUAUGAGGUAUCUUCUGUAAAGGUGUUCCAGUAUUAGGCUAGUGUUUCUGCUGCUUCUUUUUAAUGUUCCUCGUUUCAAAAAGCAGCAUCAGGGUUAAGACAGCUGCUGUUUAUAUUGUGCGAUGCAGUGUCGACUAUUUUGUCCAGGUAAAUCAAAUACAGUUUUUAUUUUCUAGGUUUUUUUUUUAUGUUUUGUUUUUAGUUGACUAAUCACACCCUGAACUAGCAUCAUGAUAUAUCAUGAAUACAUUUUUCUGACAGCAGUUGUACGUUAUCCUUGACGAUACAGUGCAUUAGAUGUGACGGGGAUUUGAUAUUGUUAGUUAGAGUGAAAUUGAGGGCUUUGUAUAUUAUAUAUACAUGUAAGAAAGUGUGUAAAGAAAGUAUUUAAUGGAUGUAAAACUUGGGGCGAUGUGACAUGCAGUUAAUUUUUUUUUUUCUGACUGAUAUGCAGUUGUAGUAUUUACAGUCCAUCACUGCUUCUCAUUAAUGUGCUGUUGUGAGUUUUUUUUUCUCCAAUCAAUCCAUACAAUUCUUUCUUUUCCUUUCCUUUUUUUUUUAAAAAAAAAAAUGAAAUAUGAACUUUUGACUGGUCGUUACAGUCUAACAUGGAGGCACUGAAUCUUUUUUUUUCCCAUUUCGGCUUUAUCCCUGAACCAAUGUAGAGCUAUAUGUUUCUGGCGUGUUCUAUUAUUUCACUUUUUUGUUUAGUUUUGGAUGCCAUGUACUUUGGAGUACAGCAGCUUUGGUCAGCCCGGAAUGAGAAAUCUAUAUACAUAUAUAUUUACGUGAAAUGGAAAAUGUUUGUAAUACAAAACUUGUCAAGCACAUUCAAUAGUGUAUAGUUUUCUAAGAUUUCUCAUGUUUGUAUGAUUGAUUUUUUUGUUUGUUUUUUUUUUUUUUUUGUAAGGUUUGGUGUUUUUUUUUUUUUUUCCCUCUCUCUUUCUCUUGAUUGAAGCUUAUUUUGCCGUGUUCUCAUGUGGCUCUCAGCACAGAAUUAGAAACGCCAUUGUAGAAUUUCAGCAUCCCCUGUACAGGAAUUGAUUACUGUCUCAUGCAGCCAAUGCCUCUGUUGUCUGAUGUUUAGAAUGGAUCACAGAGAGCUAAAGAUGAAGCAGGAUUAGGCAGCUUUUCUGUUAGAAUUUAACAACUGUUGCCGGUCUUAUGUGGGGAUGUAGACUUGAUAAUGUGUAAAAAUAAAAUAAGUAAAAAUGCAGAAUAAAUGAAUUGAUCUGUUACAAAACAA